AUGAACGUGGAUCCACACGCCGACUCUUUCGGAGAAUCUACAACGGAAUCCAGCGGGGUGCGAGGUCGUGAUCCAUCAGCGUUGGCCGCUGCGCAACACGCAGAGCUUGACGAGUCCAAUCGCCAGGAACGAGGCAUACUUCUUUCAUUGCACGAUACGAUUCUGAAGAACUUCCAAGCUUUUCUUCGACUGGUGCAUGCUGCCCAGCACCCGCAAAACAGCGAGACAGUAGCGGGGGAUCAUGCAACAGCAGUAGUCUUUGGCGAUGAACCUUCUGAACACCCGCUUCAGCUGUUGGGACUCAAGGACUCCGAUCUGAAUCUUACCAUUUCGUCACAAACAGCAACCUUACAAAGAGCAUUCAUCCAAUUCUACCUAUGGGGUCAAGAGUUCGACGUAAGCAGUGGUGCACUGGACAAAACACUGGCAGUUAUAAAAGAUCUCCGACAAGAUGUCAUUCUUGUGUUGUUGCAGUUGUGCGAUGCACUUUACCAUGGUCUUCUUCUUCUUGAGUCAAACCCAGAAACACUUGAUCGGAGAACAUACCCAGAAACCAUACGGCUACUAGAAGUCGCAAAGUCCUACGUUGGAGAAGAUGACUAUCUGGGCGUCGACAACACAUCCUACUUCACCAUUGUGGAUGAGAUCUCGACAUCCCUAGAAGGACUGGGAGAUUUGAGCUUCUGUCUUGAAGCAUCAGCCAUGGAAUCGUUCGUUCUUCGAGGAAUACCGAGGCCACCGCACGAGGUUAGACAAGCUCGCAUGCCUCCAGUGUAUGAAGAGAUGAUGCAGCACCGAUCUCCGCACGCUGUCCCAGCCGCGAUAGCGCAUCAUGCAACGGAAAAUUACACCGAGUCCAUGAAACUACGGGGAUUGCGAAUUGGAGAAAACGAGACAGAGCUACAAGCCGAGCCUGAUAAGAAGGGGGAGUCGCUUCUUCUCACAAACAUUGCUGAUGUCGAUACACAGACAGUUUCGCGUAUCAAACAGCUGCCAGAGUUUCCCGAGGCAGGCGUCGCGAAAUACCCAAACGUUCUCAGCCAGCGCGCCAUGUCGGCCACCUUUUUCCGUAUGAACGGCUUAGCUAGGCCAAUCCUCAAGCUAUACCGAAAGCCACACAAGAGAUACCAGGAAAGAUUCGUGAUCAUGAAGGCCGGCCAGUGGGAUCCCAAGCAGCAAAAGGUCGUCGUAAAUGACGUACCGAAACCUACCGAAGCACCAAAUCAGUUUCUAGUCAAGAUACAAUCAGCGUCAUUAUGUCAUUCAGACCUGCUCAUGGCCAUGAGGCCCGAUUACAACGUUACCUUAGGCCACGAAGGAGUCGGCUACAUUGAGUCCAUCGGAGCGGGAGCCAGCGACAAAGGCUUCAAAGUCGGUGAUGCUAUCGGAUUCAACUACUUCAUCGGCGCGUGUUUCGAAUGCGAAGGGUGCAUGAUCCACAACAUGCGAUGCGAGACGGGUAACCAGAAACUACAAGGUUUUGUGUCGGAUGGGUACUUCGCCGAGUACGCGGUCGUUGAUUGGCAGAAUGCAGUCAAGCUACCCGAAAACCUCGAUAUGAGUAAGACUGCACCGCUGUUCUGUGCAGGUAUCACAGCAUUUCAUUCGGUGGACAGCUGUGAGUUGAAGGCGGGCGAUUGGCUGGCGGUUAUCGGGUGCGGCGGUCUUGGACAGUAUGCGAUACAAUAUGCAAAAGCCAUGGGUAUCAAGACCAUCGGUCUCGAUAUCAACGACAACCAAUUGGAUGUUGCGAAAAAGGUUGGCGCGGAAGCUGUCUUCAACUCCGUGAAGAACAAGGACUAUCUCGAAGAGAUCAAGAAGCUCACAGGAGGCAAAGGAUGUCACGCAGCGGCGGUUUAUAGCGCAUCGAAUGCAGCAUACGCAGGCGCUCCAGAUGUCUUGAGAACAGGCGGACUACUCAUGGUCAUUGGAAUCGCACCGAAAGGAUUGGACUUCAUCAACACCUUCGACUUAACAACAGGACGGUACCGCAUCAAGGCCGACAGCACGGGUAUUCCGCAGCGAAUGAAGAAGGCUGUGGAUUUCACUGGCAAGCACAGCAUACAACCAGAAGUCGAGUUCCGCAAGAUUGAUGAUUUGCCGCAGAUGGUCGCUGAUAUGGAGGCUGGUAAAGCGGAGAAGAGACAGGUUGUUGUAUUCUAG